CUUCUUCUCGCCACGACGCGUCCAGCGCGUGUCCUCUCUAGCAACCUCACCCACGACCGCCAUGUCCUCCUCCAAAUCCAAGUCCGUCGCUCGACGCGGCGCAGAGCUCAACCCGCGCACGACAAAGUAUGAGUUCUUCGGGCCCCCGGGCGCGCUCUUUGUGACCCUCACCGUCCCGAUCACGACCUAUGCGCUUUACUUUGGCUGCUCGGAGCAGGCGGGGGGAUGCCCGCCCCCGGCGAUUACUACCGACGCCAUUGUUGCUGCGCUCAGCGAUCCGCAGUGGUGGAAGGGCCUUUGGGACACGGAGGCGGCCCUUAUGUACCUUGGGUGGUACGCGUUCUGUGUGGCGGCAUGGUUCGUGCUGCCCGGAGAUUGGGUAGAAGGUGUGACGAUGCGCACGGGGAAGAAGAAAAUGUACAAGAUCAAUGCUUUCACGACGAUGCUGCUCGCGCUCGGCCUCACGGGAGGCUACAUCGGGCGCUAUGGCCCGGAGUCGUUCACAUUCAUCUACGACAACUGGGUUGGCUUGGUGACAGCCUCUAUCCUCAUGUCUGUAGUGCAAGGCCUCGGAUGCUAUGCUGCUUCCUUCCGUCCAGGCGCCCUCCUCGCCCUCGGGGGUAACAGUGGCAACCCCAUCUACGACUUCUUCAUUGGCAGGGAGCUCAACCCCUCGAUUGGCUACUUCGACUUGAAGUCAUUCAAUGAGCUCCGACCGGGCCUCAUACUCUGGGUCCUCAUUGACAUCAGCAUGAUGUGUGAACAGGCCGUCCGCCGUGGCGGGUACAAGCACAUCACCGACUCAAUGUGGCUCGCGAGCGCGUUCCAGGUUUUCUACGUCUUCGAUGGGUUGUACAACGAGCCGGCGAUCUUAACGACCAUGGAUAUCACCACGGACGGCUUUGGCUUCAUGCUCGCCGUCGGCGACCUCACCUGGGUGCCCUUUGUCUACUCCCUGCAGCCGCGUUUCCUCGUCUUCAGGCAGAAGGAGCUCGGCUACGCCGCGACCGCUGCGAUCGUUGCGGUCAACGUCCUUGGCUACGUUAUCUUCCGUGCUGCGAACGGCCAGAAGAACGACUUCCGUAAUGGCAAGAACCCGAAGAACCUGAAGUACAUGACGACCGAGCGCGGCACAAAGCUCCUCAUCGAGGGGUGGUGGGGCAUGUCCCGGCACCCGAACUACAUGGGCGACCUCAUCAUGGCGUUCGCGUGGUCCCUCCCGACCGGCUUCGAGACGCCCAUCACGUACUUCUACGUGACCUACUUCGCCGUGCUCCUCAUCCACAGGCAGAUGCGGGAUGACGAGAACUGUGAGAAAAAAUACGGAAAAGACUGGCACAAAUACUGCAAGCUCGUGCCGUACCGCAUCAUUCCCUACGUAUAUUGAUAGGCUUAUCCGGAUGUCUGGAGGGGGUUUCUUGUGUUGGCGUCGUGAGUGUAAAUGGUUUCUGGACCGCAAGUGGACUGUCUAGUGUAUCUCCCAUAUUAUAUGCUUCUGAUGUUUCUACUUGUGGCAAGCUGAUGUGAUACAUACGGAACUUCUGCCUUAAUCUGUUUGCCAAGUACUUGCUACGAGAUGGCAGACAUGGAAGAGAGCAGCUGUGGGUGGUGCCCUGCUU